GAGACACGUAGAAGCAGACAGUCGACUCCUCUGUUAACUUCAACAGACCUUGUGACAAUGGCUACGGGUAUGGGAAAAUGGAGUGAGACAAAGGACGCCACUGAGGGAACUCAGAAGAUUUGUGAUCAGGUGAAGGACCAAGUGGAGAAACAGACAGGCAAGAAAUACAGGGUAUACACAGCAGUUAAAUACAGGAUUCAGAUUAUGGCUGGAGGAACAAACUACCUUAUCAAGGUUGAUGUUGGAGAGGACUACGAUCAUCUGAGUGUCAACCAACCCUUGGUGGGGUACCAAGUAUCUCCAUCACUGAGCGGUGUAGAGCAGCACCAAACCAAAGACGCCCCCCUCAUGCCUUUUGUAAACUGAUCACACAUCCUGCAUCUUUAUUCUGAAAUGAUUUGACAUUGAUUUCAGAAUUAUUUACACACAGAGAAAAAUACUUGGUGUUGGAAAGUGAAUGCACAACUGUGUAAAGAAAUGAUAAGCAUUAAAGCAUAAUAAAAAAAAUCGAUGUGUAUAUUUA